AUGGAGGCUCGUCCGGUUCAGAGAUCAGGCUCUAGGGAUCUCAGUAACCUCACUCACACUUCUUCAAUCCCAUCUACACCAAACCCUUCUUUAGCACCAGAAGCUGCUUUCAUGAGAUCAGAUCACAAACCCUUAGGACAACAAAACUAUCACUUGCUUUCCUCCAGUAACGGUGGAGCAGUUGGACAUAUAUGUUCUUCCUCAUCAUCUGGUUUCUCAACCAAUCUCCACUACUCAUCUAUGGAGAAACACAACUACACAGGAAGCAACGGUAAUUCCGCCUCACACCAUCUCGUUUCUCAGGCGUCAAGCAACGAUGAUAGUUCUUGGUGCCAUGGAGGGUUUCUUGAUUUCCCUGAAGACCACCAGACUGUUCAUAACAACAGCCAGAUGGAGGACGGUUGCAUUGGCAUUGGCGCGGCGUUUGAAUGGGCUGACCACUUGAUCACUGAUGAAGAUCCUUUACUAUCUACUAACUGGAAUGAUCUCUUGCUUGACACCAGUUCCAAUUCAGACACAAAGGAUCAGAAGUCUUUGCAAAUCAUCCCACCGCAACCACAGACUGUUCAGCAGCAACCUUCUCCGUCUGUGUCUGUGGACUUGCGACCCGUCAGCACAACAUCUUCAAACAGUAAUAACAAGGCACGUAUGCGUUGGACACCAGAGCUUCACGAGGCUUUUGUUGAGGCUGUCAACAGUCUUGGUGGCAGUGACAGAGCAACUCCUAAGGGUGUGCUGAAGAAAAUGAAAGUUGAAGGCUUGACUAUAUAUCAUGUCAAAAGCCAUUUGCAGAAAUAUAGGACGGCUAGGUAUAGGCCAGAACCAUCAGAAACUGGCUCACCAGAGAAGAAGUUGACACCGCUUGAACAUAUAACAGCUCUUGACUUGAAAGGUGGGAUAGGUAUUACAGAGGCUCUGCGACUUCAGAUGGAAGUACAGAAGCAACUCCAUGAGCAGCUCGAGAUUCAAAGAAACCUGCAACUCCGGAUAGAAGAACAAGGCAAGUACCUGCAGAUGAUGUUCGAGAAACAAAACUCUGGUCUCGGCAAAGGGGCAGCCUCAACAUCAGAUUUACCAUCCAAAUCUGAACAAGAAGACAAGAAACCAGCUAAUUCAGAGGAGAUCGCACCAGAGGAGACCACCAGGAAAUGCCAAGAGUCAGAAUCUCCACAACCAAAGCGAGUCAAAACCGACAACUGAAAGAAUCUAUCUACAUCUACUAGGAGCUGGUGUAUUGCUGGAUCGUUUCGUAGUUCCAGAGUUUUAACAGUUAGAGAGAGAAAGAAAGAAAGCUCUCUUAUCUCGAGGGUCUUGAGGACUUUUAUCUCUACUGUUUCAACUAUUUUUUCUGAUGUAAGACUCUCUCUCAACUCUGUUGUGUAGACAAAACUACAGAUCCCCAAAGAAGAAACCAAAAACAAAAUAAGAGUUUAGUUAGGGAGAAUCUUCAUCAUUUGAGUGUAAUUUAAAUGCUGUAACUCAUCGUUAGUUUACGGAUACAGAUUUUAUGUUUUAAUACUUUUUUUAGAAUAUUAAACCCUUAGUUUGUGAUUACAUUUAAAGAUUCAAAACUCAA